GUGUCGUUGUUAGGGUAGAUGUCAAGUUCCCGAUCCCCUCUCGUCAUCGUGAUAGCCAACACUUCAUUCUCAUGGAUAUCAAUGGAUCCAAAAUAGAAGCAAUUACAUUGAACAACAACGUUGAGAGAUUCAACACUUUACUCGCAGAAGGGUGCAUUUAUACCCUGCAUGAAGUGAGAUUCGAUCCUAACUGGGAGGAGGCGAUGCAGUUUCGGAAUAUUGGGCACCGGUAUGAGUGUGUCUUGAACGACCGCACUAGAGUUGAGUCGUAUACCAUGCCUAUUCAAUUUCCGCUCUAUCCGAAGCAUCUCAUGCCAAUCCAUGAAGUGUACCGACGUCCUAACAAGACGUUUGUAGAUGUAGCCGGAGUUGUUGUGCACUGGUGUAAACUUGAGCACGUUGGUCGCAGUAAACCCUACAGAGAGGUCAUACUAAUGGACACAAGGUUCAACCUUAUAGUUGUUGGAAUUUGGUGUGAGCUUUUAGAGCGGUAUGCGAUAAGCUUGCAAUCUGCGGGAAAUAAUAAACACGUUAUCAUUGGGACCAUGCUGAAAUUGAAUAAGAGACACAGUGAGUGAUUCCCCACCUUAUAGUUUCUACUUAUGUAACUGCAUAGUAACUAAGAAAGUUCAUUUUAUGAUAGGGUGUUUGGAGACUUCAGAUCACACGAUAUUUACAUUCAAUCCAAAU